UAUAUUUAUGUAAAAUGGAAAAAAAUUCCCAUAUUAAAGGCAGAGUAGGAUAAAGAAGUUUAUACAAUAAAUUUAAAAAACAUAAAAAAAAUUUAAAAUUAAAUGGGAAAGGGAUUACUUGGCGAGCCAUUUAGGAGCAUAAUAUGGACUCAUCCAAUGUAUCGUGAAUGGUCUGCUUCCACUGCUCUUUUGGACUGGUUUGAAUCUCCUAAUGCUCAUUUCUUCAAAAUUAAUGUUCCAGGAUACAAUAAAGAUAACGUAAAAUUGGAGGUAGAUGAAGAUAAUGUUCUCCACAUAAAAGGGGAAGGAGGAAAAGAGGAGUCGCAGGGCAAAGAUAUAGUAUGGCAUGUAGCCGAAAGAGGUGGUAAGGGGAACUUCUACCGGCAAAUCGAGCUGCCGGAAAAUGGUGAAGUGGAUCAGAUUAAAGCUCAGGUGGAAAAUGGUGUGUUAACUAUCGUUGUUCCAAAGGAUAAUAAUCCUAAGCCUUCUAAAGUUCGCACCAUCAACAUCUCUAGCAAGCUUUGAAUGUUAAUUGAUGUUGUAUAUGUUUAGCCUUAGCUAUAAUAUUAAGUAUAAAUUUGUAUAUCAUGUAUGAUGUAUUGUGUGUUGAACUACUAGUUCAAGUCUUCAAAUAAUAGUUUCAAUAUCUACAUUUAACUAUUAAUAAACACUGUUCCUUUCUCUCUCCAAAACCUUAGCCUCCAUUGUUGGAUUUUGAAGGGGUUUCCAUCGAUUUUAAUCGGUGGAAAGCCUCAAUUCUUGUUUCUUUAUUGUUUUAUUUAGGUUUAUAAUAAUGCUCCCU